AUGGCUGAGCAGGUGGUGCAGCAACUGGUGCCGGAACCAUGGAACGAGAACUCUGUUGCUGUGCGAGCCCGCAAAAGCGAAGGAGGAACCGCAGAUGCGGCCAAGAAGGAGAUGGGCAGGAACCGCAAGUGCGAAGAUUUUCCCGCACCUGCGAGAGUCGCAAAUGCGGGCAGCUGGGCACAGGUGCGAAGGGGAGUCGCAGGUGCGAUGCAUUUCCGCACCUGCGAUAGUCGCAAGUGCGACAGAGAGUCCGCAGGUGCGAGCAAAUUGGAGCAGAAGCGUGAAAAUGGAGGAGUUCCAGGGGUCGCAGAUGUCUACAGCUUCGGUGUCUUACUACUUGAGAUGCUUACUGGAAAGCAGCCAAUGCAAUCACCGGGGCGCGAUGACAUGGUUGACCUUCCUAGGUGGGUCCAGUCAGUUCUUAAGGAGGAAUGGACAUCAGAGGUUUUUGACGUCGAUUUGAUGAGAUUUCAAAACAUUGAAGAGGAGAUGGUACAGAUGCUGCAAAUUGCUAUGGCAUGUGUUGCAAAGGUCGUGGACAUGCAACCCAACAUGGAGGAAGUUGUUAAAAUGAUUGAAGAGGUCAGACAAUCUGACUCUGAAAAUAGGCAAUCUUCAGAAAGAGAAUAG